CAGGAGGUGACAGGAUGUGAUUCCUUGUGAAAGAUCCGGAUUCUAUACAGGACCCGUUUUCAUCGCCUCUGGCUCCGAGCUAUAAUCCUUUUUAGUCCCCAUCAUCUCCGUUUCACGCUGCCAAAUGCGUCUCGUCUGUUUUCUUCCUCUCUUUUCCGUUUCCUAACUAUAUCCCAAUAUCCAAUUGAUCCCUCCACUCUUUUGGGACUUGGAUACGUGUCACUCGUUUUAUACCAGCAAAACAUCCGCUAUAAGCAUACCCAAUGAUCAACGGACAACUUCAACGAGAUACCAACGUCCAAAUAUCACACUCUUUGUGACCAGCCGAGCCAUGGACAAUCAAGAUGGGUUCGACCAUGCCUUGGAAAAGCGGACGGUCCAGGAUUUCUUAGACAAGCUCUUCAGCCCAUGGUGCAAGGCCUUUCCCAAGACACCGGGAUGUCCUACGCCAGUGGAGGCGCCGCCGCCAGCAACAACGCCAACACCAACACCAACACCGGCACCGGCACCGGCCGCAACUUCACUCCCUGCAGUUGUAGCACCACCUCCAGUCGAAACUAAGACUCAGCCCGCGAGUCCUCCCGUGGUAACACAGCCACCGGUAGUGGUAGCACCGCCAGCCACUACUGCUCCCGCAGUCGUGAAGCCUUCGCCAACCAGCAUUACGCCGCAACCAACCAAAGGAGCCGAACAAGGGUCGGGAUCGAAUCCUGGAACGGGAUCAAGUGAAGGAUCUGGACAAGGCAACGGAUCAGGAAGCGGCCCUGAUUCGAAUGAUGCGGACAAGGGUAACGCCGGGAAUGCGGGGAAUGAUGGAUCUGGCUCUGGUAAGGGAGCCACGGGACCUGUCGGAUCUGAUAACGGCAACAACGCCGCCGUUCCACCACCGAGCGUGACUUCGGAUAAAGCUGAAGUACAGCCCACGGCUACUUCAGGCAGCCAUGCUGGGAAUGGAGUUCUUGCUGGAAACGUUCUUCUCGCCGCCCCAAUGCCAGUUGCGAGUCACUCAUCCGAGUCGGGCGAACACACGGUUGGGGAUGAGGGUGAGAAUGAUACCUCUAAGGAUGGGGAUAACUUGGUGCAGGGUUCUCAGCCUUCGGCCACUUCCUAUCACUCAGCAAUUCAACAUAACGACCAAACUAUUUCUACUACGCUUUCCACUGCAUGGAUCGCUGCAGGCACCCCAACAAGCAUUCCGUCAGGAGAGAGCAGCGUCCCCAGCCAAACACCUGGAUCUGAUGACCCCUCAUGGGUCAACCCAGACCUUACUCCCACCCCCGGCUCAACUCACCCACAAAUGGGUGGAGGCUCAACCACAGGGAAUAGCGACAGUCCCACCGUGGACUCGCCCAAAACCAGCAACACGGGUCUUGUAUCUGGUAUUGCCGGUGGUGUUGUCACCAUGGUGGUCCUCUUCUUCAUCUUGUUUGCUCUCCUCUACAAAUACCGCCGCACCGCCCCCGUCCAGAACUUCCUCAUCAAGUGCACCCCCUUGAAAGUAGCCGCCUACACCAAGCGUGACAAGAGGCGAUCCUCAAUGGGCAAAGGCCUGCUCUACGAGGACGACGAGCCAUCAUCACCCACCAUGACCGAGAAAGGGAAAAAAAUUGACUACGGCACCAUCCUGCCCGCCCCUGUCACGCAACCCAAUCCUACCGCCUGCCGCUCCCCCACCAAAGCCACCCAACCGCCCGUCCUCGACACGACUCACGGUGCCAGGUCCCCAACAUCGCCCGAUGGAUCGGGUCACAACCCGUUCGAACGCUCGUCCACCGGAUCUGGAAUGUCCGAUUUCUUCCCGCAACCCCCCUCGCCCACGCACUCCAACCACUCGCGCGACGCGCGCAACAGUAUCGACUCGCUCGGCGGCGUCAGUAUUGCUAGCAGCGGUAUCUUUUCCGCGUCUAUGAUGCCGCCUUCUACCGCUUGCAGCAACAACAGCUCCACGUCCUGGGCGUCGCCGCCGAGUACGUCGCAUAGUCAGGCGAACCCGUUUCAGCCGUUGCACCCACCGAGGCAGUCGAUGCUGAUGUCGCAGAGGCAGUCGAUGCUGGGGCAGGCGGGGUUGUCGAGCCAGGCAUCGAUGGGGCCGAGGGAAGGGCAGGCGGGUCCGUCGAAUUGGCGGGAUAGUAGACCAGAUUCGUGGGGGUUUUGAUCUGACCUUGAAAGAGAGAGGAAAAACGGAUGAUGAGCACACUCGAAGAGAAAAUUUGGAAGGAGUGAUGCAUAGAUAAGUGUCUUACGUCUUUUGCGAUGACAAUGUGUGACGGUCGUAUAUCAAGAAGCGCUUGGACCACGACUGGACUGUCGAUUUGUUCCUUUUUUUGGAUAUUCCCCUGUCUGUUCUUGUUUUUCUUGUCCUUCAAAACCACCGAGGCAUCAUGUA